UUCACUGAAAACUCAUCGUCUCUUCCCCGAGCUCUUCUUCUUCGAUCAUCGCUCCGCUUCGGGUCUCGGAUUACUCGGAACUCUCGGAAUUCUUGGCACUCUUGGAUUUCGUCUGUCAUCAGACAAGGAUCGAGGUCUCAUAAUCGCUCGCAAAGCUGCGGAUCGAGAGGAACACUCAUCCAAUUUGACGGGAGGUUGUCUUCACAAUGUUCGCCGGGGACGGGGCUCAAGGGUGCAGGCAGGAGAUGAGCGGGUCCGGGGUACGAGUUUUCUUCGGGGACUUCCCGUCGGACACGAGGCAGUCCAAUCCGAGCGUUGUGAGCAUGAGCUGCUACUCCAGCGGUAGGGCGUGCAGGCUUCAACCGGUUCGGCAAGGCGACGACAGGGCGCCUCGAUCGGCAAGCGCUCGUGUGCAGCUGCAGCCUGAGGUUGCGCGAGCUGCCCCGGCCGCGUAAGGAAAAUCGGGAGAAGUUUUGGAGAAAUUGGCGGGAAAAUUGAGGGAAAUUUGGGAGAGAUUUGGAGGGAAUUUCAGUUACUUGUACAGCGGGCGUUCCGAAUUUUUGGAGAUCGCAAUGGCGAUGGGAACUUGCAUUCGAAUAGAGGGGAACUGCUCCAUUCGUUAAAAUCAGGGAUUGUAAAUCUAGGCAGGCCUGUACAGAUAGAGAGUGUCUUGCCUGUGAAUCACAGGGUUUUGUAUAUAUGACCACUCGUAGCCACGAGGAGCAUUUGUGACCUCGGGGUUUUUUCGUUCACAAUUCUUUUGGUCAGAAACUUCGCAAUCGAAGUUUAUUUCAACAGAUUACUUCAACUCGUGGCGUAAUUGUAAUUAUGAAGGGGUGCGCACAUGUCCCCGCGGCGUUAUUUCUGCUGUUCUGAAGACUACGCUUGUGUAUUCAUCAUUACCCCACAUUCAUCUCUGAUUUUGAAAUCUUCCAUUUCAU